CCGCGCUGCAGCGCCGCGGCCCGCGGGCGAGGCCCCUGGUAAACAGCCGCGGCCAGGCUGGAGCCGAGCGGGGUGGAGGGCGCGGGCGGUGGCCGGAGCACGCAGGGCCUCAAUCCUGAUACUGGAUGGAGCGAGGGGAAGAGCUGCAAGUCCCAGAUCUCAGCAAAGGCGAGGAUGAAGAGAGCUGGCCGAGCCCCCAAAUAGGUGAGGGGCUGGCCAGCGUGGCCGGGGCAGAGGAUGCUGCACCGGGAAGGGGCGGCACCAGCACUUAUGUGGAGGCGGUGGAGGGAGCGUUGCACAAAGACCCUGCUGCAGGGGCAGAGGAAGCAGUGCCCAAAGGCAGUGCCAGGGUGGAGGAGGCGGUGCCAGGAGGUAGUGUUGAUGCAGAGCUGGCGCGGCACAGAGACCACACCGUCAGGUGGCCCUUUAAGUGCUGCGAGUGUGGGAAAAGCUUCCGGCAGAGUGCCGUGCUGGCCAGGCACCAGCUGCUGCAUGCGAGCGAGAGGCCGUAUGUCUGCACCACCUGCAGCAAAGGCUUUUGCGAUGGCGCAGCGCUGGCCGCGCAUCAACGGGUACACACAGGCGAGCGUCCCUUCCCCUGCCUGGCGUGUGGCAAGGCCUUUGUCAGCAGCUCGGCGCUGCUGGUGCAUCAGCGCGUGCACACCGGCGAGCGUCCCUACCGCUGCGGGGAGUGCGGGCAGAGCUUCCGGCAGAGUGCCCACCUGACGCAGCACCAGCAGGGCGCCCACACCGGCCCGCGCCCCCACGCCUGCACUUACUGCAGCAAGAGCUUUGGGCUGCGCUGCAUGCUGGCGCGGCACUUGCGGACGCACCAUGUUGAACAGCCCCACGCCUGCCCCGACUGCCCCCGUCACUUCCGCCACCGUGCCCACCUGCUCCGGCACCGGCUGGCACACACGGGCGAACGCCCCUUCCCCUGCCCAGUCUGCGGCAGAGCCUUUGCCCUAAGCGCCACGUUGCUGCGGCACCAGCUGGUGCACACGGGCGAGCGCCCCCACCGCUGUGAGGAGUGCGGGCGCAGCUACACGCAGAGCUCCUACCUGCGCCAGCACCAGCGCAGUGCCCACGCUGGUCAGCGCCCCCACACCUGCCCUGACUGCGGCCAGGCCUUCGCCGACCGGGCCAACCUCCUGCGGCACCAGCGGGGCCACACGGACGCCCGGCCCCACAUCUGUGCUGAGUGCGGGAAGCGCUUUGCCCAGCUGGCCAGCCUAGUGGAGCACCGCUGGCGGCACACGGGCGAGAAACCUCACGAGUGCCCCUGCUGCGGGCGCUGCUUCCGCCACCACUCGGCCCUGCUUCGCCACCAGCGCUCCCAUGCCGGGGAGCGCCCCUUCCGCUGUGGGCAGUGCGGGCGUGGCUACACCCGCAGCUCCAACCUCCUGCUGCACCAGCGGGUGCAUGCUGCUGAGUGACAUCCCCUCCACCAGGACAUCACCAGCAUCCGGUGCCUCCCACACCCCUCAUGCUGGGAUGGGUCUGGCCUGGCCCUGACCAGAGUCCGCACUCUUGCAUGGCCGCUCCCCGCCCACUGCCCAGGAAUAGGGGUGGCUGGACCCAUCCAGGCACUGAGUGUGAGUGAAGCUGCUGCGAGCACUCAUGGUUUCUCCAGCCCCAUGUAGCAACAUGGAGGCAGAGCUUCCUGCAGGGUGGGGGCUUUGGGAAUGGAGACUUUGCCCAGGCUGUGCUGACCCGCUUUUUUCUCCUCUUUGGCUGGCUGGUGAUGCCCGAUCUGCUGCCCCAACUCACUGGGCCCUGCCGUGUGGCCCAGCCAAGCCAAAACCUGCCCUGCAGCUGCCCAGCUGUGCACAGGGCGGGGGCACAGAAGCAGGGGGAUGCAAGCACUCAAUGCAGGCUUGUGGGAAAUGGGGAAGGGCUGGCUGGAGGGAUGGGGAUACUGCGGGUUGGGGGAAGCAGCUUUGAAUGAAUUUUCUAAAAUGUUUUGUUACAAAGUGGAAAAUAAACCCGUGACGUUACCAAGACGCUGUGGGGUGUCUGCAGUGGGUAGGCGCACCGAGCCCCUGUG